CCGGACGGAGAAGGAUAGAGCCGCUCUAUCAUAGAUAUAUCUAUGGCUCUAACGGAGGUUCCUAUUUCCACAGAAAAGGGUCUUGAAUAGCGGAAGGAGACUCAGGGAGUGUCCGCCUCACAGCUCGUGUUCUGAGGCAUAUUUGAAUUUUGAGUCGCUCCGGUUCCGAGUCGCGGACAUGGAUGGACACUCGAGUUCCGGGCCCGUCACGGUGCUGCUGCUCGCCGCCCUCACGAGCUCCGCGCUGGGCCAAGAUCCACUGUACUUCGAGGAGGGAAAACCCCUGGUCCUGACUCCUCCGAAGCACGGAACCGUCAUCACCAGCGUCGUUUGGACCCACAACACGGACCUGGUGGUGGAGUGGGUGAAUAAUGUUCUGGAGCUCUAUAGGUCGUUUAAAGGACGGACCGAACUGGACCAGAGCACCGCACAACUGACCGUCAACAACCCCAAGCAAAACGACGGGGGAGAAUACAGGGUGGAGAUCAACAACGAGCUGCAGAGUCAAGUGUACACGGUUAAAGUGAUCAAGAAGGUGACCAAGCCCUCAGUGAAGGUGAGGACUCUGACAUGCGGUCCCACAUCCAGCAAAUGUAACUUCUCCUGUUGGGGAGACACCGCCGGGACUCAGCCCCUCACCUACAGCUGGAGGAAGGACUCAGGUGAGUGGGAGCCGGAGCAGCAGAGCAUGGACCUCAUCUUCAAUGACACAAAGACUAAGCGUGUUAAAGAGAUCUCGUGCAGGAUGAAGAACCCAAUCAGUGAAGAGGAGAGCGACCCUCUUCCUAACCCAAUGUACAACAAGGGACUUUUUUCUCAAGGCGAGCUGGCUGCAGUUAUCUGCUCCCCCAUCAUUGUUGUGCUCUCGGCUGGACUUGGACUGUUAAUCGACACCUGAAUGGAAAGCCAAACUAGAAUGAUUUACUUUCCUCCACCAAGGCCCUCAGUCUGCCUCACUAUGAAACACAGAGACCCUGACCAUCAGCACUGGAGCCCCUCAAGGUUGUGUGCUCUCUCCUCUUCUCCCUCUACACCAACAACUGCACCUCCAGCCAUCCCUCUGUCAAACUCCUGAAGUUUGCUGACGACACAACCCUGAUUGGAUUAAUCUCCAAUGGGGACGAGGCCGCCUACAGAGAGGAAGUAAACAGCCUGGCUUCCUGGUGCAGCCAGAACCACCAGGAGCCGAACGCUUUGAAAACUGUAGAGAUGGAUGCAGACUUCAGGAGGAGGCCAGCCCAAACAGCGCCCCUCACCAUGUGCGUCUCCCCAGUUAAAAGUCUUUCAGAUUCCUGGGGACUAUAAUUGCACAGGACCUGAGGUGGACGGAGAACAUCACCUCCACCAUCAGGAAGGCCCAGCAGAAGAUGUUCUUCCUGCGGCAACUGAAGAUAUUCAACUAGCACCGCACAUGCCCAUAACUCUGUUACUGUAUAUAUUUUGUUCUAUAUUGUGGUUUUCAUAUCGUUGGUUUAUGUUGAGUGCACCAACGAACAACACCAAAGCAAUUUCCUGUAUGUGCAAACAUACUUGGCAAAUAAAAGAAUUCUGAUUCUGAUCUUCAAGGUCGGUCGAGUUCUCUAGUGUAGCAGAAAGAGAUGAACGCUCUGUUUAUCAAGCCCUGAAUGAAGACCAAGGCCAUCCGUCUCUGUACAAAACGCUCUGAGCAUCCACCUGUGUACAGGCUUUAAAUGUACUGAAUUCACAAUAUGAGAUGGGUGAGAACAAUUAUUCAGUAAAUGUCCAUCUCAAUUCCUAGUAUGAUAGUGGUGGAAGAAACAACGCAUUUUUUUUAAACCAAAAGUGUUAAAAAUAGUUAAGAAAUAUUAUUUAACUAUUAUAUGUAAAGUCAGGGAAUCAAAAUGAACUUGAGCUGCUUUCAGACCUUCACUUAACUGAUAUUCAGAUGAAGUGUUCGAAGUUCUGUAUCUGAGAACAAAUGUCUGAGCCAGUGUCUCCCUGCAGCCUCCGAGUAAAAUGUCUUCACAUGCUUCAACUUAGCCUGUGAACUCAUAUCUUAGCAGACAAGUUUCCAUGGACACCAAUAUUCUGACCUUUACUAGAAUAAGACAAUCAGAAUAAGGCACUGCAUGUAAAGGGCAUGUUCUGAUGAAUUGAGCCUGAAUGAGAUCAUACUCAGACUAAUCAAUUAUCAAACUAAGAACUAUGGAGUAUUCUGACUUUAGUCUCAUUAUGUUUAUGUGUUAAUCACAUUAUAAUGUCCCAUUGGAGGUUUCACAGCAUUGUGUGUCAUUGACAUGCGACAGUUACCAACUGAUGACAGCAUGUGUCCUUGAUUUGAGUGUAAACAAGAUUAAAAACAGGGAGCAUUGUAAAGUUUGAGACAAAUGACAGUGGACACAAUGUUGACAUGUUAUAUCAUCAGUGUAACAAGUCACCAGGAUUAUGAAUGGAAUAUUAUAUUAUCUACGUGUGUCAACAUUAUUUUCAAUUUUUUUUAUUCUGAAUAAGGCCAUAGUUAAUGUUUUGGUGUUCAUGUAAACGCCAGUACUAAUAUGAUAACUUCCUAAAUUAUUUGUUGAAGUAUUACUGUGAUGGAAACUGGAAUAAGUACUUCAGAGUAGUACUCCUGAGUAAAUGACCUUCAUUACCUUCCACCACUAUACAACUAUGACUGAACCAUGUACACUGAAGGUGAAAAUAGUUCCUGGCUCAUUAUAUGCUAUCUUAUGUAUGUUGUUAAUAAUUAAUAAUUUGUCUGAUUAUUUUCACCACAAUAUGCACGUACAGGGUCAAUGUGAAACAUUAAGACUCAUGUGUGUGAUUAAAUUCAACAACCAAGUCAUUAUCUAACUAUCACCAUGUUUUAUGCAAUGACUGCUUCUGUGUAUUUAAAGUGAAUCCCCGUCUGCUUUGAAAAAAAACUUCCUCUCUUAACAAAAUGGAAAUGUGUUACGGAAAAGUAAAUUUUGCCUUUGUUAUUUAUAGUUUCUCACAUUUUAAAUGUUUGACGCUGUAGAGUUGUGUGCCUUGAAAUAAAAUGUAUUUUGUUGUGGUAGAA